UCCCAUCGUCCCUUUGUUCUCUUCUUUCUUCUCUGAUCGCGACAGCGAAACCCAUCUCUCCGUCGCCGAUUCCUAACCCUAACCUAUCUCCGGCCGGCGACCAUUUUCCUCAUCCUUCUCUCUUUGCCUUCUCAUCUCUCUCUAUAUCUCUCUGAAACUGUUCUUUGAAGUAAAUUAUAGAAGCACAGAGUUAAAUCAAGUACUCUACAUUGUUGUUGAUAGGGGGUGCAGCAGUGGUCCAUGAUCAUUAGUGGAGGGCUGUAUAUAGGUACUGGUGACAAAUUCAGCUAUAAUACUUUUCGUUUCUACUCCAUGUGAAUGGAAAUGUUGGAUCUUUCGGGAUUUGAAGAUGGGUCUGAUGGUACUGAUAAUGGAGCGAGUGAGAGAUCCAGUCAGGUACCCGUUGUUGGUAUGUCAUUCAAGAGUGAGAAUGAGGCUUACAAAUUUUAUAAUGCAUAUGCAAGGACAAAAGGCUUUGGUGUAAAGAAGUUGCAAGUGGACCGUGCUCGUAAGGAUGGCAUCCAGGGGGAGACCGUUAAUCGAGUAUUUACUUGUGUUAAGGAGAGGUUGAGAGAUGAUAGUUACAAAGGUUACCGAGAUAAGGAGGUCCAGUAUCAGGAUACAACAAGGAUGGACUGCAAAGCUGCAAUGCAGAUUAAAAAAUGCCCUAGUGGUUGGGUUGUCACAAAGUUUAUUGAGGAGCAUAAUCAUGAACUUGUUCCAAGUCUAUGGUACUUGCAGCGUACCUUUGAUGUACUCGUUCAUAUUGCUAAAGAGUCAAAAGAGAGAUGCAAUGUUGCAGUGGAUUGCCUAAAAGAAGCCAUUCAGAAAUGUUCUCAUAUUGAAGUGAGGUCCACUGCUGACCCUGAUGCAAAUCAAGGGGGUGGACCAAAUAGCCAGCAGGAGAGUAUUAGAUUUAUAAAUUUUGAUUAUACCAGCUUCUCUGAUCCGGCAAAGACAAAAGGCUGGCCAACCUCCUCCAAACCUAAAGUAUGGUAUGACCAACAUGCAUCCAAGAACCGCAACAAGUGUGGGAACUGUGACGAACUUGGUCAUAACUUGAGGACAUGCCCCUUGCCUCUAAACCCACAACGUUUGAAGUCUUGGAAACCCGCAACAUGGCCUGCCAACUCAACACCCAAAACAUGGUAUGACCAAGCCAAGAACCGCAACAAGUGUGGGAACUGUGACGGACUUGGUCAUAACAUGAGGACAUGCCCCUUGCCUCCAAACCCACAACGUGACAAGUCUGGCAAGGCCAUAACACCAGCCACCUCAAAACCCAAAGCAUGGUAUGACCAAGUCGAUAACCACAACAAGUGUGGGAACUGUGAUGCACUUGGUCAUAACCUGAGGACAUGUCCCUUGCCUCUUAACCCAGAACGUAGCAAGUCUCAGAAACGCCAUGCAACGCAAUCCCCCUCAAAUUUGCUGGGCACUUCUUCAAACCAUCGCCAAGGAGAAUUAAGAAAUGAAUUUGGGAUAGAUUCUCGGGGAGUUGGCGUCUUAGCAACACAAGCUGCAUUGCAGGCUUCCUCAGUAACAGUUUGCCACCCCAGGAACAACUAAAGCUAGGUCUAUGUAGCAGUGCACACUCAACUGGUGAAGGCCAAGUUCAGAAAGAAGGGGAAGGCUAAGUGCCAAUGAAGUAAAGCUUGUUUUGGUUAUUUAGGGUUGCAUUCCACAUAGCUGAUUGCUUCAUUGGUUCACAAGGGAAGAGAAAAAUGGAUGACUUUGUUAUCAGUUAAACUCAGUCUUAACUUGAUUGUUGAUUGUUUUUGCUUCUUUCAAGUUGGUCGACAAGGCUUUGAGUUGAAUUGAGGGUGGGUCAUAGAUUUUCAGUUUUUCAACUAGGUCUCAACUUGCUUAAUCUUAUACAGUGGGAUCUCUAUGAACUGCUUGUAUACAUAUUCCGUUAUGCAGUUGAAUUCAGUGUUGAAUUUCAAAGUUAACAGAGCUGUGGCUUUCCUUGUGAUUUUUUGACCUCCUAUUUCUUUGCAAGGUGAGAACAGAAUAUUGACGUAUCACUUUGUCAUAUUGUCAAAGCUCAAUGAAAGGAAACAGUGGAAUGAGGUUGUAUGAAUUGGAUA